AUGGGCAGCCUCAGCGUGGAACAAAUUGAGUUCUACGUUUCAGCAUUUGUGACUUUACCCUUGGCUCUGUUGGGGCUCGGGGCGAAUGUCAUCAACGCCAUCAUCUUCCUCAAACAGGGCGCCCAAGACUGCGUGUCUGUGUGUCUUCUGGCUCUCUCCCUCUCGGACUUUGCCAGUGUUCUCAAUGGCGGCGUGGCCUAUCUGUAUAACGUCCUUGUACACUUGGAUGUGGUGUCGAUCAUCGAUCCUGUUGCCUUCAACUUUGUCAUGAGCUACGGUUGCGCUAUGUUUUACGACUUGUCGCAAGGAAUCGUGGCGUUUGUCACCGUAGAACGCUGCCUCUGUGUGGCCAUGCCCCUCAAGUUUAGAGACAUCUUUACUUUCCGGAGAUCUGUGCUUGCUAUGACGGUCAUGUACGCCUUCACCAUAGCAGCAUACGUUCCUCACUUGGUCACCAGCGGGCUUUCCUGGCGCCGCGACCCCUCCACGAAUACAUCCAGGGUCACUCUCUGGUUGUCUGAGAACCGAGCCGCGACAGAGCUGUACCUGAAAGUCUUCAUCUACGUCACAAUGCCCACUGUGUACCAGGUGGUCGUGCUGCUCUGUACCUACGUCAUGAUCAAUGGACUCCAGAGAUCCUCCAAGUUCAGAGAGGGAGAGAAGACAAGAAAGAAAGCUGCUGGACCAGACGGCUCUGCUCAAACGUCACACAGUCACAUGGUUCUCCAAUCUCCUUCAGAGGCAAAGACCGGUACAGCCAGAACACAAGGCAGUCAGACAAAUAGCCGGGACACGAGACACCAGGAGAAAGAAAGCCACCCGACCAACGAGAAAUCACCUGCAAAAUGCUCUAAGAAAAAAGAUCAUGAAAGAAAAGGGAACCCAAGAAAUGUGCGAGAGACAAUACACCACGAAACAACACCGGAGCAGACGACAAACUCGCGGACAACAGACACCAGUUUUUCCCACAAGAACAGACGCGUCAUCAAAACCGUGUCGGUCCUAGCGGUCAUCUUCCUGGUCGCCAACACUGUCCGGCUGGUCAUCGUCUACGCCUACAUCGCUGAGCCUGGGCUGGGCUACGGUUACAGCUACCAUGACGUGGUCGUUUUCUUAAACGUGGCGGUCUUCCUGUUCCAGACCAUGAACUCUUCCGCCAACAUCCUUGUUUACUAUCACUUCAACGCCAGCUUCAGAAAUAUGUUGAGGUCAACUUUCUGUACGGGAGAAAAAUGA